AUGGGAAAGAACUUCCAUCUGUACGAGAACAUCUCUAAGGUCAGCCCAUUUGAGGGGCCACAGUAUCACCUGGCCCCAAUAUGGGCUUUCUACCUACAGGCUGCUUUCAUGGGCUUUGUGUUCUUUGCUGGAACACCCCUAAACUUUAUUAUUCUCGUGGUGACAGUGAAGUACAAGAAGCUGAGACAACCGCUGAACUACAUUCUGGUCUAUGUCUCAUUAGCAGGUUUUAUCUUUGUGACUUUCUCUGUGAGUCAAGUGUUCGUUUCUAGUGCAAGAGGAUACUACUUCCUGGGUUACACCUUGUGUGCAAUGGAAGCUUGCAUGGGUUCAAUAGCAGGGUUGGUGUCAGCUUGGUCUCUGGCUGUCCUUGCCUUUGAGAGAUACGUGGUCAUCUGCAAACCCUUCGGCACCUUCAAAUUUGACAACAACCAGGCUCUGGCGGCUGUUGCCUUCACCUGGGUCAUGGGGAUCGGCUGUGCAACCCCACCAUUCUUCGGCUGGAGCAGGUAUAUCCCUGAGGGUCUGGGCUGCUCCUGUGGACCUGACUGGUAUACAAACAAUGAGGAGUACCACUGUGCCAGCUACACCAAAUUCCUCAUUGUUACUUGUUUCCUCAUGCCCAUGUCCAUUAUCUUUUUCUCCUACUCCCAACUACUGGGAGCACUACGGGCUGUGGCAGCUGCACAGGCUGAGUCAGCUUCCACCCAGAAGGCAGAAAAGGAAGUAUCCAGGAUGGUGAUUGUGAUGGUGUGCUCCUUCAUUCGGUGUUACGGCCCCUACACCUUGGCAGGCUUGUACUUCGCCUACACAACAAGCGAGAACAAAGACUACCGCCUGGUCACCAUCCCUGCUUUCUUCUCUAAAAGCUCCUGCGUAUACAACCCUCUCAUUUACGCCUUCAUGAACAAACAGUUCAAUGCCUGCAUCAUGGAGACAGUGUUUGGAAAGCAGAUUGAGGAGACUUCAGUUUCAGCCUCCAAGACGGAGGUCUCCACAGCCUAAUCUUUGACUCUUGUCUCAGCCCAUCAGGAGCCCAUCCAACAGCCAACAGUCUUGGGGUUGAUUCAAUAAACCAUCUAA